AAGCUUUUAUGGCUUAGCAUUUCCGGAUUAUCAAGCGGGUGAACAAGACGCUUCCCUUCAAUAAAAUUAAAGAAAUUUUAUUCUAAUAUAUUGUUUCUUCAAUUUUUUCUGGGUAUAAAAUAAUAUUACCCAAUUUUAUAAGAAGAAAAAUUAAUAUUUGUGGAUCAUUUGAAUAAAAGUGAGGCAUUAUGUAUAAUCGUGGUGUGAAGAGAGAUUCUUUCGGCAAUCGAAACUUCAAUAAUCGUGGAAUGGGAGGUGGCGGCGGCGGAGGCGGUGGUGGUGGAGGAUCACGAGGUGGAAAUAUGGGAGGAGGAAUGGGAGGCGGUAUGGGUGGUGGAAUGGGAGGUGGUAUGGGUGGUGGAAUGGGGGGUGGUAACAUGGGAAGUGGAGUUAAUCCAUGGGAAGGUGGAAUGAUGCCAGGACGUGGAAUUCUUCCAACUCCAAAUAAUAAUUUAUCAUUGGCAUCGCCACAAGCUCAACUUGCCAUUGCUAGCAAUCUUCUUUCCAACAUUCUACGCACUCAACAGGAAUCACAACCCCAGAAAAAUAAUUUUACUGCCAAGGUGCCGUCAUUAUUGAGUUUGGGUAACAAUUACGGUGGGCCAGGAUCGAAUUUCAAUAAUCAACCAAACUAUCAACAAGGACGUUACAAUGAUCGUCCUUCACGGCACAAUAUGAAAAAUCAACGACCUCAACCCUAUAAUAAGAUGGGCAAUCGAGCCCGUGACGGAGCCACUGGGCGACGCGGCCCAUCCGCACAACACUCUCGUGCAUCCGGCAAUCAACGUCUCAAUGGCAGUCAAAAUCAACAUCGCAACGAUAAAUCUUCUAAAGCAAAUGCUGCCUCUAAACAAAAUCAGGCCGCCAAAAAGGAACAGCAGGGAGAUAAGAGCAAUAAGGCCUCUGAUAAGACUAAAGAAAAGGCAGAAACAUCUGUCGGCGAAAGUCAAGACAAUGAGGAGAAUGCAGAAACCCAAAAACGUGAUUGGAGCCAAGAACGAAAGGAAGUUGAAGGAAAUGAGAAUAAUGAAAAUGAAACCAAGGAUUCAAAUAAGGACAAUGAUGAUAAUGAAGAUUCAAAGGAACAUAAAGAGGGUGAAUCAAAGGACGAUAAGAAGGAAUCUGAUGACAAAAAGGAUUCAAAUAAAACACCAAUUAAAAAAUCCGAAGCACGACAUGCCGAGAGUCGUUACUCUGAAGUUCCCAUGAAUCAAAUGUUCUGUCAUGUUUGCAACAAACAUAUGUGGGAUGGAUCGUCAUUUGAAAAUCAUCUUCGAGGACGUGCCCAUAAAUUAAUGAUGGAGAAACUUGAUGAAUCCUAUAAAUUGAAAGUUGAUUUAAUGAGACACGAUUUACGAGUAACUGAAGAACAACGUGAACUUAGUUUGACAAAUUCAAAACGUCGUGGAAGAAAGGUUGGAAUUGAUUUAAAUGUACGUGAAUAUUGUACAAUGUGCGAUUUGAAUUUCUUUGGAACUUUGUCAAGUCAUCGUAAAAGUGAAAAACAUCAACAAUUGAAAACUUUCCUUCAUCCACGUUGCAUUGCCUGUGUCAAAGAAUUUCCAUCUCGUAUUGAAUAUGAUGAACAUUGUCUUACACCACAACAUAUGAAGAAUGCUGUUAAUAGCGAAGAACAACGAAGAAGUAAUAAGAAGAAGGAUAAACUUGCAAAGGGAGAAAACGAAGUUCGUACCGCUGAUGAAGAAGACAAAGAUAUUGGAACAGAAUCAAAGAACGAUAAACUGGACGAAACAUUAGACAGUUCCGAAUAUAUAACCGAUAUUGAUGAGACAACAAAGGAGAAUAUUAUCAAUUUAAAACCACCUUCUUACAAAUAUUGUCGUCAAAAACAAGUAUCCAUUGGAAAAUCUCUAGUGAAAGAAGUUCAAGGUUUCUUUUGUGAAAAAUGCCGUCGUUUUAUGCUUUCGGCGGAAGAUUUAGCUUCACAUUUACGAACAAUUACUCAUUAUCGUAAUUUUAUUCAAGAAGUGAAAUUAUUGACAUCUGCCGCGAAUGCUGAAGCUGAAAAGAAAAUAAAGGAAGAAUCAGAGGCCGCUGAAGAGAAAUCAGUCGACGAAGCUGAAGACAAUGAAGGUAAUUGGAAGCGUCGUAAAAUUGCCCACUCUGAUGAUGAUGAAAAUGCGGAGAAUGCAGAGAAUAAUCAAAUUUCCGAAAAUGUGAAAUCAGAAGGUGAUGAUGAAAAAAUGGAAAAUAAAACUGAAACUGGUGACAAAUAUGAUCCAAUGGAUGCUGAAAAUGAAUCAGAAAAUGAUGAAGAGGAAAAUGCUAAUGAUGCGCCUGAAGGUGGUGAUGAGAAUGCUCAUAAUGAUAAUAAUGAAGGUGAAAAUGAGGAGAAUAAAGAAGAUGAGCAAAAAAAUAAAGACGAUAAAGUUGAAUGGAGCGAUGGUGAUAAUGAAUUUGAACCUGAGGUUGGUAAUUUAAUGGAUGAAAGUGGUGAUGGUAAACCGGAAAAAGUUGAAACACCAAAAUCAACAUCUACUGCUGCUCGAGGUCGUCCUUCACCACGUCCAAGGGGACAAAGAGCAAGAAGAUCACGUCGAUAAAAAAUAUAAUGCAUUAUACAAAGAAAAAUGCUAUUUCAACUUCUUUUUUUUUUUCUUUUUUUUUUAACUCUAUUGGCUUUCUAAAAAGUAAUUUUUCUAAAAGUAUCAUUCUCAUGGCAAUUGUAGAUUUAAUCCGAAGCAAAUUUAUUAAUUUUAAUUCUCCAUUUCUCUUUUUUUUUUUAAUUUUUUUUUACUCAAUGUCGCGUAUUGUAAAGCAUGAUUUAUAAUUGUGAUUGAAAUUUUAUUUAAAAAUUUCAUAAUGGAGAAAAAUAGAAUUCAUGUGUAGCACAUUUUUUUUUUUUUUUUAUCAAAUAGACAAAAUUAAUUCAAAAAUUUCGUUAUCAAAAUAUUAUUUUUUGACAUGCAUUGUGUUUUUAAUAAUAAAUGGAUUUUUUAAUUUUACGUACAUUAAAAAUGCAACUAUAUGCACAGUCAUUAAAAGAUACGAAAGUUCUCGACAAGAAAAAAAAAUAAAAAAAAAACAAUUUCAGUCAUGUGUGUCAAAUAUUAUAUAUAUAUAUUAAAAUAGUUAGGUACAUAAUUUGAAGGUAUGUACAUUUUAUUCAGAAAACUGGAGGUAAGAUAAAUGCCAGUAAGGAUUACGAAUAGAUUACAUUUUUCAUUCCAGUAAUGCAUAUUUGUGUUUAUAAUCUUUCAAUACAAAUGUAGUAUAAUAAAUAAAUAAAUCGUAAUGAAAAA